GAAAUGUUUGAAUUUAAGUUCCCUUUUCCGCCAUAUGACAUUCAGACACGCUUUAUGAACGACCUUUUCCGUGUGCUAAACGAGUCAAAACAUGGUAUAUUUGAAUCACCAACAGGAACUGGUAAAAGUUUGAGCAUAAUUUGUGCUACACUGUCUUGGCUUGAGAGUUUCGAGAAGCAAAGAAUAGAAAAUCUGCAAAUAAAGAUUGAUCAAUUGGAAUCUGAAAUUGAGAAAGAAAAAAGAAACAAUGAAAAGGAAAAUAAAACCGAUGACGACGACGAACCUGAUUGGAUGAAAAAUUAUCAAGAAAGUCAGGCUCUAAAAAUUGAGUUGAACGAAUUGAAAAUCAGUCUAAAGAAAAUAGACGAAUAUUUGGAGUGUAUGAACAAAUACAAAAUAGAAGAAAGAUUGCAAGUUCAGAAAAAAGAUGUGAGGGAAUUGGAAAAAGACGGCAAUCCUAGCCUCAUUGAUAUCGACAAAGAAUUGCAAGACGCUCAAAACUUCAGAGAUGAACAAACAGAUGAUUUAGCUCCUGAAGAUUACAGCAGUGACUCAGAAACGAAUUCAAACAAAAAUGCAUACCGAAACCCAGAUUUGGGAUCCGAAGAAGUAGAAGAUCCUCCGUAUAAACGACAGUUGCCUCAAAUACUGUUUUGCAGUAGAACUCAUUCUCAGUUGUCACAGUUUAUAAAAGAAUUAAAUAAAACAGAAUUUGGAAGUAAUGUUACGGCUAUUGGAAUGGGGAGUCGGGCUAAUUUGUGUAUCAAUAAAUCAAUUGUGAACUUGAAACAUUCUAGCGCUAUAAAUGAAGCCUGUUUGGAAAUGAUUAAUAAAGAUAAAAUCAAGAAGUCCGACUUCGAUAACGCCGAUAAUAUAGAAAAUUCGAUGCCAGCAAAAAAACGAAGAAAAAAUGCAACAGGUCUAAAAAAGUGUGAGUUCUAUAAUUCAAGUAAAAUUGAUUCGUUGCGAAAGCAUAUUUCAACCAAAACUUCAGAUAUUGAAGAUAUAGUGAAAAAAGGCGAAGAGCUGUCAGCAUGUCCGUAUUAUGCGACCCGAUUUGCAGCUCAAUCCAUGCAUGUAUUAGCCUUACCAUAUCAAGCUUUGCUACAUAAAAGCACACGAGAAGCUUUAGGGAUCAGUUUAAAGGAAAAUGUUGUUAUUAUUGACGAAGCGCACAAUUUAUUAGAAAGUUUGGCGAGCGUCCAAAGCAUUGAGUUAAAUGCGCUUGAUUUUUACCAACUGUAUCGACAACUGAAUGCGUAUAUGCAAUGUUACAAAACUAGAUUGAAAAGUAAAAACUUAGUUUAUUUGAAGCAAUUAAUGCUUGUUUUGAAUCAAUGUUUGAGAUUUUUGGGCGGAAAAGUGAACCAAGAUCCAAAACAGAUGAAAUCAACUGAAAAUUCGUCAAAUUUGGAAACAGUUAAUUCGUUCACGUUCAAGGCGGAGUUUGAUCACGUGAACCUGUACAAGCUGUUAGUUUAUAUUGAGAAAAGCCAAAUCUGCAGAAAACUCUCAGGAUUUGCAAUAAGUUGCCCGACUAUCGAUGAAGUGUCAAAUCAAAAAAUUGGAAAUAAUGCUAGUCUCAAAUCGAAGUCUGAGAGUGAAAGUGGAAACGCAAUAGGAAGAUUCAUUAAAGAAAUCAAGGAAAAUCAAAUCACGCAAGAAAAAGCUCAAAAGAAAACUUCGCAACCAGAAAAAUCAGCAACAGAUGAAGAAUCGUUGAAUUUGCAUAAUGGCAGCUCAACACAGAUUGGAUCUAAAUGCAAAAUAUAUCAAUUCAAGUCGUUUUUAGAAGUGCUUAUUUCUGACGAGAAGCUAAACUGUAAGGUUCUAGUGAAGAAAAGUGGGCAGUCAGUUGCGGAUAAUUCAGUCAAGAGUUUCAUCUUGAAUCCGGCGCAUAUGUUUGCUGAUGUAGUGACCCAAGCUAGAUCUGUGAUUUUAGCUGGAGGUACCAUGCAGCCAUUCGAAGAAUUCACACAUCAGCUUUUCUCAGCACUAGGCGUGAACGAAUCAAAAGUGCAUCUAUUUUCAUGUGGCCAUAUUGUGAACAAAUCUCAAAUUCGCACGCUGAUAGUGGAAAAAGGACCAACUAACGAACAACUACAAUUUUCAUACAAAGACAGACAAAAUGAAGCUAUUUUUGUUGAGCUUGGAAGACUUUUGCUCAAUGUUAUUCCCAGAAUUAAAGGCGGCUGUGUAGUGUUCUUUCCGUCCUAUGAUUUCGAAAAUCAAGUCUCAAAAGUACUCACUCGAGAUAAAAUUUUGGACCGUCUGAUAGAAAGGAAGCCAUUUUUCAAGGAGUCGCGAGCCAGCGCAGAUUGUGAUACUGUUUUUGAGAAAUACAAGAAGCAAAUUGAUUUGAACCCGCAGAAAGGGGCAAUUCUUUUUGCAGUUAUGGGCGGCAAAAUGAGCGAAGGUAUUAACUUCAGUGACGAUUACGGUCGAUGUGUAAUUGUUAUCGGAAUGCCCUAUCCGAAUAUCAAGUCACCAGAAUUGAAUGCGAAAAUGAACUUCUUAAAUCAAAUUAAGAAUGGUCUUGGCCAGACUCAUUAUGAAAAUUUGUGUAUGAAAUCGGUAAACCAGUCUAUAGGAAGAGCAAUAAGGCAUAAGGAUGAUUAUGCGUGUGUUUUAUUAGUGGAUCAAAGAUUUGCGAGAGAAAAUGUGAAGAAUAAAUUACCUAGUUGGAUGCAAGAAUCGAUACGCUGUUGCAAUAAUUUUGGAUCUGUGAUCGGCGAUGUUAAUAAUUUCUUCAAAGAUAAAUGGAAAGGAAACUUAUAAUUUUUCCAGUAAAUUUCUUAUAUUGUUUGUUUGCUUGUGUUUUUGUUGU